AUGGCCCAGAAAGCUGCCAAAUCUUUGGCGACUCGCAAUGGCGCUGUGCUCAGUCGCACUCACCUCAUCUCUGCCGCAUUGCACUUACUCUUCCUCCUGCUGCACUUCACCUUCGGACGGCCGCGCUCACUGAAGCCAUACUUUUUCCUGGCUGUUCCAACUCUUGCCAUUGAAUACUAUUUGGACCGGAUGGGCCGGCCCCGCUAUCAUGAAGAUGGCUCCCUGCGCUCUGCCGGCGAGGAUCUCAAUGCAACAGGCCUGACGGAGUAUAUGUGGGAUGUGCUUUAUUGGACCCAGGGAUGUAUUGUUGCUGCCUGCCUCUUCAAUGACCGGGCUUGGUGGCUGUGGGCGGUGAUCCCCAUAUACUCUGUCUAUGCUGCCUAUACCACAAUCAUGGGUGUGAAGAAGGGAUUUGCUGGGAUGAGUGGCAGUGAUGCCGGACAAGAGGCUGACGCCCCGAAGAGCAAGACGCAAUUGAAGAGAGAAAAGAGAGGGUCACACAUGAAAUACAGGUGA